CCUCCUUAUCCAUUUCUCUUCAACAAUUCACAGAACAAUUCAAUAUCUACAAGAGAAAUUUUCAAAGGCAACUGGCGGCAUGGCGGUCUUCAAAAUCCUUCCCCUUCUCUCCCUCUCUCUGAUUUCCCUUUUCUGCCUCCCAUUCUCCGAGGCUACCCGGUUCGACAUCACAAACAACUGCCCCUACACCGUGUGGGCAGCGGCCUUGCCCUCCGGCGGCGGGCAGCAACUAAACAGCGGCGGCGGGACAUGGGGCCUCGACGUGCCGGCGGGGACCACCAGCGGUCGCAUAUGGGGCCGGACCGGCUGCAACUUUGACGGUUCAGGGAACGGGCACUGCCAGACCGGCGACUGCGGGAACGUGCUCACCUGCAGGCUCUCGGGGGCUCCGCCAACAACGUUGGCGGAGUUCUCCCUGAACCAGCCCAACAAUCUGGACUUCUACGACCUGUCGGUGAUCGACGGGUUCAAUGUUCCGAUGAGCUUCAGUCCAACUUCCGGCGGCUGCGCCUCCCUCCGGUGCCCCGCCGACAAGUGCUCCGAUGCAUACCUCUUCCCAGCUGACAAUACUAAAACUCAUAGUUGCCCUUCAGGGACCAACUACAAGAUUGUCUUUUGCCCUUGAAGAAGAAUAAUGGGAAAAGCUAAGAUUAUUACUGUAUAGACGUAUAGUGAUUGCUACCUCUGAAAUAAAGGAAGAAUAAGACGGCGUCAAAAUAAGCACUUUUACUGUGUGUUUAAGUCUAGCCCUCACUAAAAUACUUGUCCAGCUCGUUUUGGAUUACAAAGUUUUAUGGAAUAUCUUUCCUCUCAUUAAAUCAUUAAUUAAUUAAAGUGUUUUGUGUGGAACAAAAUUAAUUAAUGAUCAUUCUUGGAG